AUGCAUACUAUUUGCAUAAUUACAGUCACUGGAAUGUCCGUUGAUUUUUCACAUUCUUUUCCUUCAAGAUCAGUUUUUAUUUUUUUAUUUUUUUGUUCUCUCAACUUACGAAACCAGUUUUUAAUAAUAUUUAAAUCUAAGUGUAGCAAGAUACUUAAAUCAAGUUGUGUGUUAAGUGAAGGAGUUGAAGUAAGUUCGAAAACGCGAUUUAGCACAGCCUUAUUCAAUUCAUCUUUAUAUUGUGAUUUUAUUUUAAUAGCUUUGUUUAUAUUACUAAGUUUUAUUAAGCCUAAUGCAGCAUCAAAUAUAUUAGUACUCAUGAGGGUAAUUUUGAUAUUUUUUACCUUAAAAAUAAAUGGAAAAGCAAUUUAUUGUAAUUAA